AAAUUGCGUCUCCGUCAGUCGCAGGGCAAGGUGCACAAGGGCGAGGGCACACGUGCUGUGGCGUCGUGUUCACGGGAAGCCCGAAACGCCACGCAAGCUCACCUCACGGUCACGGAGAAAGCGAGCGAGCGAGAGAGAGAGAGAGCGUCUUCGCGAGACCUGGUCGCGUCUCGAAGGUUCUUUGGGGAUGGCAUCGGAGGUGGAGGACGAGGCGGCGGCGGCGGGAGCGCCGCUGGUCUCUAACGGGGCCGCGGACGUCCGGCGUAGGAGGGACCAGGCGAAGGAGAUUCUGUCGAAGCAGGCCGUCAAAAUCGCCACCAAGGCCGAGCAGCACGAGCGCUUCAUCUUCAAAGUCACGCACUUGCUCGGUGUCCUUGGAUUUGGGGGAUUUUGCUACCUCUUGGGUGCCAGACCACAGGAUGUGCCGUAUGUGUAUUGCCUGUUCUAUGUCAUAUUCGUUCCGCUCCGCUGGAUCUACUACCGCUACAAGAAAUGGCAUUACUAUCUCCUGGACUUCUGCUACUAUGCCAACACUUUUCUUCUUAUCAUGAUUCUCUUCUAUCCGAAUGAUGAAAAGCUUUUCAUGGUUUGCUUCUCAUUUGCAGAGGGUCCGCUUGCUUGGGCAUUAAUUGUGUGGCGUUGCAGCUUGGUUUUUAGCUCAUUUGACAAACUUGUUAGUGUCCUGAUACACCUUUUGCCUGGGAUUGUUCUGUUCACUAUCCGGUGGUGGAAUCCGCAAACAUUUGCUGCCAUGCAUCCAGAAGGAAGAGCAGCCAGAGUCACAUGGCCGUAUGUGGAGGACAAGUUGUAUCUGUGGACAUGGCUGUUUUUUGUUCCUCUUGCUGCUUACACCCUGUGGCAACUUAUGUAUUUUCUCAUAGUUAAUGUGCUGCGUCGACAAAGGUUGUUAAGGGACCCUGAAGUCAUGACAUCAUACAGGGAACUCUCAAAGAAAGCACAGAAAGCAAACAACAUCUGGUGGAGGCUAAGCGGACUGCUUGGUGACAGGAACCGGCAGGUCAUGUACAUACUGCUCCAGGCGCUGUUCACGGUGGCAACAAUGGCUCUGACUGUCCCCAUAUUCCUCUCCUUCCGGAUGCAUGUAAUCUUCCAGCUACUCAAGGUGUGCGCAGCCAUAUGGAAUGGUGGCAGCUUCAUCCUGGAGGUGAUGCCUCGGCAGGUAGUCCAGAAGGAGAAGAAACUCAUGAUGAAGCCCAUUGAAGAAACACAACAUGCAGAGGAGGAUGCGUCAGAUAACCACCAGCACACAUCCGGGGAGCAGAAUCAGUGCGAGAACUGAUGCAGGAUGUAAGAUUAGGUUUUUGCCGGUCACUGAUAGUCUGUUUUACUUCUCUUCCAUGGUAGUAGCUAGUGAUGAAUGGUCUGGACGUCUGGUGGAUUGAGAUGUUUGAUGUCUGCCCAGAGUGGGAUCACCAUGUUGCCGUGAAAGAUUGUGAAGCCUGUGUGUGUUUGGUACAGCCAAAAGUGGUGGUUUUGCUCGGAUGUUGCCAGUACAUUUUGUGCUAAUUUUGUCUGUAGGAUGUUUUACCUGAAUUGGUUGCGGCUGUUAUCUUGUUCUUGUUUUGUAGUUGAUCAUGCUA